AUGAUCAGACAGCUCACUGUACAGGACACUGGGACGUACCACUGUGGAGUUGAUAGACGUGCAGCGAAAGACAUUUAUACAUCGGUGGAACUGAAGGUCAAGGAAGAUCUGUCCUAUGAGAAGUCCAUCAGUGAGACUGUUCAUGUAGGAGGAGAUUUGAACAUCAGCUGUAAAUACCCAGGAUCCCUCAGGAGGGACCGCAAGUUCCUCUGCAAGAAGACACUGCAACAAGCUGCUUGUUCUUAUAAAGAAUCUGUUAAGGAAAGUAGAAAGUAUGUAAAUGAGGGGAAAUUCUUCCUGUAUGAUGACAGAGCAAAACAAAUCUUCACAAUGAUUAUUAGAAAUGUAACUGAGCAGGACUCUGGUGAAUACUGGUGUGGAGCUGAAGCAGCCUGGACAUCUGAUCAUGGAUACAAGGUUUAUUUCACACAGAUCUACCUGAGAGUGACUGGUCCUCAUGUCCCAGUUUCAACCUCGAAACCAACACAACCUUCAUCAUCACCGCCAUCGCCAUCAUUACCGCCAUCAUCACCGCCAUCACCACCACCAUCAUCGCAACUUCCAGGAUUUCCAGCUUCCACUGUGAUCCCUUUGUCUGUAAUUCUGCUGCUGUUUCUGAUUGGAAUCUCAUUCUUCUUUGUGAUUGUACAAAGAAGACACAAGAUGCGAGGUAGAGCUGCUACUGGCAGGAGCUCUAUUGAAAGUUCAGGAAACGACCAUGGGGUUCCUCUUGCUGUCUGUGAGUUUGAGGAGAUGAAAGACACCAGACGACUUUCUGCCUCAGACGCUGGAACUUCCACAGUUUACUCUACUGCUCAGCUACCAACAAUCUCCUCUGAUCCUCAAACUAUUGAUACAAACAGAGAGUUACCCACAAGCUCCUGUGAUUCUGCUGUUUAUUCUACUGCUCAAUUACCCACAAUCCCCUCUGAUCAGGACAUCUGCUCCACAGCUCAGUUACCCACAUGA